GUGACUUGUUGGAUUGUUUGGGGCCGCGCGUCUUUCAGUGUUGGCGGGGAUCUGGGGACUCUGAGAGCCAGCUGUAGCUUCUCAGUUGACUACAGAACUAAUUUAACGUUAACGCUCCAGAUAUUAUUAUCUAGAAAAUGUCUGACUGGACCAGAGACGGGCGACGUGAUGCUCACAACAGUGAACAUGAAAAUAGGACCUAUGGCCGGUCUCGGUGGUCCCACUGCAGGAAGAGAGGGAUCGAUGGAAGCCUGCGGGCCAGCAGAGAGGCAGAUGGUAGUGACAGGGAAAACGUCAGCCACAGCCACUCUGACAACAGACAUGCCAGUUUCACCACUCCAGAGAGCGCAGGCCCGUUGUCUCGCUGUGGUAGACAGUCUGACUGGAGCAGCCAGGUGGAUGAUGAUGAGCUGAGGAGGGAUGUCCACAGAGACAUGCAGCGUUACAGGAGGAGGAUACUGGGUGCAGAGGUCACCCAGAGGGAGAGAAAGACCUCCUCUGGCUCUUCUGGGAGCUGUGACUCCAGAGAGGGGGAAAACAUGGAGACUGAUGAGGGUGUGUUGCUACGGCGACAGAAACAGAUCAACUACGGCAAGAACACACUGGCUUAUGACAGAUACAUCAAAGAAGUUCCAAAACACAUGCGUCAGCCAGGUGUUCACCCAAAGACUCCCAAUAAGUUCAGGAAGUACAGCCGUCGCUCCUGGGACCAGCAGAUCAAACUGUGGAAGGUCAAACUGCACGCCUGGGACCCCCCAACACAGGGCGGCCAAGACAAAGUCCUCGAUAACAUUGAGGAGCUGGGUCUCGAUGAUGUAAUGGACAUUGAGCUGGACUUCCCAACCUUGUCAGACUCCCAGGAUGCUCCAACCUGUCUCCCCACACGCAGCCUUUCACUGGAGGGUGAAGACUGUUCCGGCACUCCAGUUAAAGUACAGAAGACAGAAACCACAGCGGAGCCUGACAUGGCAUAGCUCAUCUUUGGCCUUCUCCAAGAAGAUACAUGUUCACACACACACCUCAAAUGGUUCAGCUGUUUCCGCCCAACACUUACACUUCUCCCAAGCCCUCCAUGUUACCCAGAAUGACUAUCCAUUUAUAGUAGUGCUUCCUAAUCCAUAGACUGGGACCAUUUACAAAUGACUACUCAGGGAGUCUUCUUUUAUGGCAAGACUUUACAGUUGCAUGUUUAAUCAAGCUUCAGUCAGUUAAAAUGGUUUAGGAUUUUGUGUUCACAGUAGCACUUGUAGCACUGAUCUGGGGCGUGGUAGAGCAGACAUCCAGGUUUGUAGAUGUCCAUUAUGUGCAACUGUUAUGUCAAAUCCUGCUUAUACUUGCCAGAUUUAAAAUGCUAGACUAUAUAGAAACUCACUCAACUCAAAUGGUUCUCUAAAUAGUUAAAGGAGAUAGGCAAACCAAAGGCAAAGUAUUUUCCUUUUAAUGAUUCACAUUGACAAGAUUUUCUUUUUUUUUUUCUUUUUUUUUUUUUCCUGUAUGAAAAAUUUUAAUUACUGAAGACCAUUACUUCAAGUUCUACUGGGCUGUGAUUUGUUUUUACAUUGGUUGUUUUUUAAUACAAAAGUUACUGUGUUUCUUAUUGCUGUUUCCUUCAUGGUGAAGAAUUUCAAAUAAAAAAACAAACUUGA